GGCCCGCUGCCCUCGUACUUCCAGAAGCCGCGGCUGCCCGCCAACACGAUUGUGCGCUUCGUACCGCAGCAGACGGCGUGGAUCGUCGAGCGCAUGGGCAAGUUCAGCCGCAUCCUGGAGCCCGGGCUGGCGAUCCUGGCGCCCGUGAUUGACCGGAUCGCCUACGUCAAGAGCUUGAAGGAGGUGGCCAUUGAGAUUCCUAGUCAGAGCGCCAUUACGGCGGACAAUGUCACGCUGGAGCUCGACGGCGUGCUGUUUACGAGGGUGUUUGAUGCCUACAAGGCCAGCUACGGCGUCGAGGAUGCCGAGUACGCCAUCUCGCAGCUCGCCCAGACGACGAUGCGCUCCGAAAUCGGCCAGCUGACGCUCGACCACGUCCUCAAGGAGCGCGCCGCCCUCAACACCAACAUCACCGCCGCCAUCAACGAGGCCGCCCAGGCCUGGGGCGUCACCUGCCUGCGCUACGAGAUCCGGGACAUCCACGCGCCCGGCGCCGUGGUCGAGGCCAUGCACCGCCAGGUCACCGCCGAGCGCUCCAAGCGCGCCGAGAUCCUCGAGUCCGAGGGCCAGCGCCAGAGCGCCAUCAACAUCGCCGAGGGCAAGAAGCAGAGCGUCAUCCUCGCUUCCGAGGCCCUGCGCGCCGAGCGCAUCAACGAGGCCGACGGUGAGGCCGAGGCCAUCCUGCUCAAGGCCAAGGCCACCGCCGAGGGCAUCGACGCCGUCGCCGCCAGCAUCCUCAAGGGCUCCCACGGCGCCCAGGGCGCCAUGAGCUUGACCGUCGCCGAGAAGUACGUCGAGGCCUUUAGCAAGCUCGCAAAGGAGAGCACGGCCGUCGUCGUGCCCGGAAACGUCGGCGACAUCAGCGGCAUGAUUGCCACCGGCCUCAACGUCUACGGCAAGGUCAGCGAGGCCCAGGCAAAG